AAAGGAUGAGAAAAGUUGAUAAAGAAAUUAAAUGAUAAGAGAAUUUCGUCCGAGAGCCCAGUGGAUGAAAUUUGGUACACUUCUACUGUCGUUGAGUUUAUAUGAAGUUCCUUUUUUCUCCGUGUACCGGUGCAUUUCACCCAAGAGGCCCGAUGCCAGGCUACAUGGUAACCGAGCGAAAAGGACUGUUGGCGUGCUUUAAUAUUUGUGCUUUUUUUCUUUUCAUCAUUUCUCAAGUGGGGCAUGACGCGCGUGGCUAUAGGCUGCUCGCGUGAAACGGACCCUAAUGAGAGUUUGGAGAUUUCGUGCCGUGAUUAUGUUACACGAGUGUCUAUAACAGGUGGAUUUAUACGGAACGAUUUUGUGGCUUAAGAAAGUUCUUAAGUGAUAACGAACUUUUGAGAUAGCUUAAAACUUAUCACACUUGUUAAACUGUCACUGGUGUGUUUUACUGGACUAACGUGAACUACGACACCUUCAGGAUGAUGUACUCACCAGACAAGAUGAUGGGUAGCAAGGGACUCCACGGUGCACCCAUUUCGGCACCGGGAUGCUUUCCAUCAGGAAGAUAUUCGCCGCCGGCUUAUCGUGCUGCACCAGACCCAAUGCCGCCACCGCCAAGAAGAUGCAUGCCGAACCCAACGAGUCGAAUCCUUGAGGACGCUUCAAUAAUGUGCAACUCCUGGUCGCCGAGGCACAACGGCGACCUGUUUGGAGGAUUGAACGGUGGUCUUCAGGAUGGACUAUUGUCAAGGGCGGAGGCCCUUGCUGCAGAUUUGGGAAAGCACAAUGCGGGGACUCCAAUGCCCUUAAAACAUGAUCCGGUAUCGGUUUAUCAUCAUGGGGCACACAUGCCAGCGCCACAUCCCAAUAAUCGGCCACAUCAUCAGGUACAAUCACACCUAUUUAUGAGCCAUCCUGGUAUGGAGAGCCUGGACAUGCUGGACCCGGCGAACUCGAUGACAACACUAACGCCCAUGUCAGACAGUGGCGGUGGUGGUCCAGGUCAUCACGGUGGGAUUCACGGGCCUUCGGUGUACGGCGGAAUGAAUGGAAUGAUGGGCCAUCAUCAUCACACGAACAUUGGAAGCAGCGUGCCGCAUCCUCAUCAUCAUCCAGCAAUGGCAGCAGCGGCGGCAGCAGCUGCGGCGGCUGGUCUUCACCCAGAUGCCGACACGGACCCCAGAGAGCUGGAAGCAUUCGCCGAGAGGUUCAAACAGAGACGUAUAAAGCUGGGCGUGACGCAGGCGGACGUCGGUAAAGCUCUGGCGAAUCUGAAGCUGCCAGGCGUCGGGGCGCUCUCGCAGUCUACGAUAUGUCGCUUCGAGUCGCUCACGCUGUCCCACAAUAACAUGAUAGCUCUGAAGCCGAUUCUCCAAGCGUGGCUCGAGGAGGCCGAGGCUCAGGCGAAGAACAAGAGACGCGACCCGGACGCCCCGUCGGUCCUACCUGCCGGCGAGAAGAAGAGGAAGCGCACCAGCAUCGCGGCCCCGGAGAAACGUUCCCUCGAGGCUUACUUUGCUGUACAACCCAGACCCUCCGGCGAGAAGAUAGCCGCCAUCGCCGAGAAACUCGACCUUAAGAAGAACGUCGUCAGGGUGUGGUUCUGUAAUCAGCGACAGAAGCAGAAGAGGAUGAAAUUCGCCGCUCAGCAUUGACCCGAGGGCGGCUUGUGACAGCAAAACUGACUGUACCCGCCGCCCAGUCUUGAACCUAAACCUGAACCCUUGAACGAAUAUCAGGGCUGGCCCUGAAGUGGACCGUUGAUAUUUUUAUUUAUUUAUUCUCAUUCUUUUAGGUUGCACCCUUCAUUUUCAACCUCAUUCUCAAGGGUUCGCUUACAAAGGUUCUGACUAGGUGCGGGCACACGGGUCAAUGUCACAGGCAUUGCAACACGGCGUCUCCAAUGAACAUCCUUUUUGACACCUGCAGGCUUACUCGUUGCGACUAACGUGUCAAGGGUCGAUCCUAAAGGGUUAUCCAUAAGAUAGGGGUAAUCCUGCAGAUGUACUUUCCGCUGAAUCUGAGAUGUAUUACGCGUUUUCUAUUGAUGCCGAUGAUGAGUUCAUAAUCGCGCGAGCACAGUGUAAAUCCCUGUUAUCUGGUGUCUUCUUCAAUUCUAUCGUGUUUACUUUCUCAUUCGUUUUUUUCUUCCUCUUCGUUACCAGAAGCAUAGGAAGAUACCAGAGAACUCGACGGGAGAUCGGAAAAGUACAAUGUAAAGCAUAAAGCUAUAAAGUAACGUAUUUGUUAUAGAAAAGUGUCGAGGGGGCUAAGAGAAAGGAAAAAAUUUAAUAAACGAGAGACAGAGAUAGUCGAAAACGCUUGGGGGAUAAAACAACGGAUACACAAAAAUGGAGAACGAAGCCGUGCAAGUGGGAGCUGAUGAGAAAAUAAAAACACAAAGUGAUAUUAAUCCUAAUUGACGAUACGAGGUAGCUCGCGUGACGGAGACAAAAGAAACCAAAGAAGAGGAGAAAAAGUGGCAUAGUGACAGUACGAUGUAAGUCUACGUAGUGAUAUUGGACAAUCAGUGAAAAGACUGUAUCAUAUAAAUAUUUGAAGCAAUACCGUAGAUUUUAGGGCGAAUAUUACAUUAUAGCAAAUGCGCGCGCAGGCCUCUCAUUUCAUAGCAAAAAAAAAAAAGAAAGAAAGAAAAAGGUAAAUAACGUAACGUACCUUUUCUCAGGCACGUGGCCACACAGUACACAGCAGACUGCACGGAAGAAACGCGUACACGAACAUUUGUACCCAACACCAAAAAUUACCUCCGUAUCCAACAAUAAUUCUAGACAAGAAGAAAAAGAAAAAAAACCGAAAGAACUUUCUUAUCCGAAAAUCAUAUCUGAUUUUUGUUCUUGGCUAAAGUAAGCACUUUUGGUGGCGUACUGGGAAUUCAGUAAGAAUUACGGAACCAGCUGAACAUACUUGAAUUCCGUUGGAAACGGAUUUAACGUGGAUUUUCAUUCGUGCUUGUUCCCAAGCAAUAUGUCAUGGAGAUUGCAGCGAUGUGAGAUGGAGGUUUAUGUAAUAAUAAUUAAUGCGAUGAGUAGCGAAUGGUCAUUUUUAAUCUGUACAUAGUUAGGCUAAGUAUUUUCUAGUCGAAUUAUAUAGUCGAAUUAAAGAGACACCAGAAAGUCAUACUCUGCGUGCGACCACGAAGAGUCACCCGAUUACUUUCCGUUGGACGUUUCCUAAAAAAAAAAAAAAUUGGCGAAAAAUAAAAUGACAAGCUCACGUUCGUAUCCCCAGAAACGUUGAAAAUUGUCCAAAAAUUGGCCCUCUCUAUUAGUUAGCUAAGAAUCCUAGUGCAAUAUAGCCUCUGGUGCCGUUUCAUUUUAUCGUAAUGAUUAUAGGAAUUUCUUAAGGGACGGUACGAUAUAUUGUUGUCGCUCGUUAAUGCAUUGUUUGAUUUAUUUAUUUUUCAAAAGCUUUCUCUUGUACCUCGUUUGUAUUUAUAUGAGAAGAAGGAGCGAGCAGAGAAGAAAGAGAUGGCUAUUUGAUACUUAUGAUCUGACUGGUGGGAUGCCAUUAAUAACGCGACAAAAAAGUAUUCCAGUGCUAGACGAUUCAAGCGUACCGCCUGAAACUGGCUUAACCAUGGAGAUCGAAUGAACGGAGCUAACUUCAGCCGGUACGUUUGAGUUGCCUAUAGCCUUAUAUAUUAAAGACAGGGUAAACAGCAUUAAGUCGUGUCGCGAAUGCGCUUUUAUUAUGACAUUAGUGACCAGGUAGUCAUAUUAUCCAUCAUUGAAGAGCGAUGGAAUGAAUUAAUGAUUGAAAAAAAAAGUUGUACGAAUGAAAUGAAACGAAUAAACGAAAUCAAAUGUAAAGGCAUACAUACUAAACGAUGUGUGAAUAUUUGCGGCUCUAGUCACAUAGAAAAUAGAGUUGAGAAUGCCAUUAAUGGUAUCCCAUCGGAUAAAUUUUUCAUCCCCAAUAAUAAGGUCCAUCUAGUCUAUCUGACCACCAUAACCUCGAAUCCCCGUAGAACCAACGGAGAGAUUACUCUCAAGAAAUUUUCCUUCUUCCUCUCUCUCCUCUCCGCCCACCAACCCCUUUCCCACAUCUCCCCACUCUAGGCUAAUUAAUUACACCUAAUUUAAAUGUUUAUACGAAGUUUCGAACGAAGCCAAAAGAAAUUGUUGAGGUCGUCGCGCCUUUGGAUCUUACUCAUUGAAUUCCGUAUACCUGUGAACUCACCUUUAACAAACCUAUGUACUUUUUAGUAUAUCUCGAUAUGAUGACACGGAGCGAGACGAGUGUCGUAGAAAGGUUUGUCAUUUAUUUCACUCCUUUCACUUUAUUCCUUUCCUCGUGUACUCCUUCAGAAUUACUAUUGUCCCUCUUUAAUUUUCUUUUCUUUUUUCUUUUUUCUUGAAACUUAUUGCACUCCAUCCACGCACCCAGUUACACCCCUUCAUGCUUUACGCCCGAAAUUAUUUAUCGAGCUUUCUCUUUAUUCCUUGCCGACGAUCGAUUCAUCCUACUUACAAGCUCUUCACCCUCAUCGUCGACCCAACCACCCACCACCCACCACCCAUUCUCAGUCCCAUACCUUGCCCUUUGGUUUCCAUUUAUGUACAUACUUCUCUUUGUCUUUUAUACCUACCCACCUUAGCAUAUUCCAGCCCUCCUAUAAUUAUCAGACACGUUACCUCUACCAUAAAGCCUAUACAAUAUCAUGAAACGUAAUAUUUCUCCUCUGUUCUUUUCUUUUCCUUCUUAAUUCGUUUUAUUCUUCUUUUUCCAUUUAUUAUUCACAUCUAUUUCUUACUUACUUUUCUCAACGCUUUACUCUUCUCCACUCGCGUCACUGUCUCGUGCAUUCAAAAGAUAUCCGGGUAUCGUUCAAGGAGUAAGGCUUCAUGCGUGGUUAAACCAUUAUAACGAUAUAAUAAAGACGCAGAAGAAAGAAAAAAGACAUAUCAUAAAAGUAUUAAUUAAAUUUGCCUGACGAUGUAGAAAUUUAUAAUGUAAAAAGGGCGCGAUCGCGGCCAGCUUGCCGAGAGUGGACGAAACAGGAGAUAACAAUGAGGUUAGAAUAUUAUAAUAAGAAGACGUGUAGGUAAGAGGUACGAAUAGCGUGGCGACAUCUGUCGGUAAUUUUUGAUAAUAGGUUGCAGGGACUGCACAGUCUUCUACGUACUUUAACACGAUACGAAAAACUGACAGCUGUUCCAGCUUCUUCUAACCAAGACCGGUUAACUUUUGUAAAUACUCAAAUUGUAAAUCUAACCCCUCGAUUAAUCGCGGGAAACGUUCGCGCUGUCACUCACGAAAAUCCCUAAAGUGAUAAUGAUGUCUUUACAGCAAGGCUACACGUCAUCUUUAUACUUCGGGAUUCACGACCUUAUGAGUCUAUGAAGACGUUUUAUUUGUUUCUAGAAAUAAGGUAUGCAUAUAUCUAGAGAGAGAAAAUGAGAGAACGAAAGUGAAUGUAAAGAAAGAGAAAGAGAGAUUCCUGUUUUAUCAAAUGCUGGCCGCAUUGAAUUUUGUGUGUGUGUGCGUGUGCGUCUGUGAGAGAGAGACAGAGAGAGAGAGUGAGUGAGAGAAGUGGAAGAGAGAGAAGAGAUAAACGAGACAAACGAUGUGGUCAACAUGGCCGUCAGUUUCUUCUCGUUCAUUAUUCUGUACAUAUCAUGUGCCAUAACUCAUUUAACGUACUUCGUGUCCAACUUUGUUCCAAGUACCUACUCAACUAUAAAUACUAUAUAGUAUGAUAAAAUAAAUCUCGAUGUUAUUAAUAAACUGUGGUACCUCUCUUGGAUUAUUCUCUUGCAACAUGGGACAAUAA